AACUUGAAUUAAAAAAAAGAUACUACAUCUUAUAAAAAUACAUAUACGAUUUUGGUAACUAACGUUCAUUUAGGAAAACAUACUUACACACAUGUAUAUAUAUUAUACAUAAGAAUGAGAUCGUGCUGUCAUGGAUUCAGUAGACUGCUGAAAUAGAGGAUCAAAGAAAGACGAAGAGUUGUAAUUACCAAUAAUUGUCCGAAUUAUUUCAGUGUAUAAUAAUCAUAUAGGGAAAAUUUUUGUAUAUGGGAUGAAUACUCUUAAUAGUUUGACUAAGUACUUAUUUGUUAGGACAUAAUGCUUUAUAUGAGAUUUGUAAAAAAAUUCAAGUUGCCAACAACUAGGCAACUAAGUACUACUUUAGUGAGGAAAGAUAAACUACCAACUACUGAGGAAAAACCAAAGAAUGAAAACCGCCAUCAAAAUGUCUUAGGAUCAGGAUUGCAUGUUCCAACUAACUUCGAUAAACGAAUAUUAGUAUGGAUGAAAGUUUAUCCUAGCAUGGAUAAGGUUCCUCAAGCAGUUCCUUGGAACACUAUGUAUCAAUCAAGUGUAAGAGCAAGAAUUCGUGUAUGUAAUUACAUGAUUCUGAUUGUAGUCAUAGGAUUUUUAAUAGCUGCUUAUCAAGGAAAAACAGAAGCAGCAGGUGGUAGACAUGUAAUAGGUGACAGGGCAAAAUGGUAUGCAGAAAUAAAAGAAAAGGGAAAAGCUGAAGCUGAAGCUAAACGGAAAGCUGAAGCUGAAGCAGCAGCUAAAGCUGCUGUAAACUCAUGAUGGAAUAAUUAAUAAUAAUUAAUAAUAGUAUACUAAUUUAAAAAUUACUUUGCUAACAUUAAAAUACUUUUCUAAACUUCACAGUAUUCCUUUGAAAGCAAUAAUAUUUUGUAUUAUGUAUUUUGAAAAAGCUAGUUAUUAUAACUCUUAAUAUACACAAACAUAUAUGAAAUGUACAUUGUAGAAAAAUCUAAAAUUUUUGUAUUAUAUAUUUUGAACAAGCUAGUUAUUAUAACUCUUCAUAUACACAAACAUGUAUGAAAUGUACAUUGUAGAAAAAUCUAAAAUUAUAGAAUAUAUUUCAAAGUAAAUGUACAUUAUUUAAACUUAUUUAAUAAAUUAUUUGCAGAUAU